ACAUUAACUCAGACUUUACGGUAACCGCGGCCUGACUCACGAUGUCUGUUUUGGAACAACAUUAUGAGUUGUCAGGGUUUUUCUACGUCCUAGUGCCCGGUGAAGGGUAUCACAAGAUCUCUGUAGCGUGAAGUCAGCUGCUAUUUAAAGCCACUGUAUAAAAAACAGAACUCAUGUGCGGAGCUGCUUUUCUGUUUGAUGGCAAAACGAUUCAGUUACAGACACAUCCAGUGCCAAAGUUGCCCCAUGAUGUUUACUACAGUGCUGGGAUUUUUGGUGCAGGAUAAUAACCAAUCCCUUUAGUCCCCGUCGUGGAGGAGAAGGCGCGGACUGUGUUCCAGCCCUCCUGCCUGCCUGCUCCAGCAUAUGUCAUUCUGCCUGCGCAGGAGAGAACAAUGAAAAGAACAUGAUCAACGCCGAUGGCUUCUCUAAAUGCGAGGCGACCCUGCAAGACCCAGGCAGGAGGAGGAGGCCACCCGCAGAGAUGCUCCAUCUGCUUUCAGCUGUUAUUGUUUGGCUGGUGACAGGAACCACCAUCUCCAGCCUCAACAAAUGGAUAUUCGCCGUUUACAACUUCAGGUACCCUCUGCUGCUGUCAGCGCUGCACAUGCUGACAGCCAUAGUGGUGGACUAUGGGCUCAUCAAACUGAGGGUAGUCCGCCACAAAGGGGCCGGAGAGCAGGACCUGACCCCCAGCGCAAAAUCUAAGGUGUUCUGGUUGAGUCUGACAUUUUGUGCCAGUAUCGCCUUUGGAAACAUGGGUCUGAACUAUGUCCAGCUGUCUUUUGCACAAAUGAUCUACACCACCACGCCGCUUUUUACCCUGGCUAUCUCCACGCUGAUCCUGGGCAAGCAGCAUCACAUCAUCAAAUACACAGCCAUGAUGCCCAUCUGCCUGGGAGCGUCCUUCAGCAUCAUGGGAGAGGUCCAGUUUGAUCAGACCGGUUGCUUCUUUGUAUUUGCAGCGACCAUGUUGAGAGGUGUCAAGUCCAUUCAGCAGAGUAUCCUUCUCCAGGAGGAGAAAAUCAACUCUGUGUUCCUGCUCUACCUGAUGUCCAUUCCUAGCUUCUGCAUCUUAGCCGUGGCUGCUCUGGCUUUAGAGAACUGGGCCAUGAUCGAGUCCCCGUUGCAUUACGACUGCCACCUGUGGGUCUUCAUCCUGCUCAGCUGCCUUGGCUCAGUCAUGUACAACCUGGCCAGCUGCUGCGUCAUCACUCUCACCUCGGCCGUCACUCUGCAUAUCCUCGGCAACCUGAGCGUGGUGGGAAACCUGCUGUUGUCUCAGCUGCUGUUCGGCAGCGAGCUGUCCACCCUCAGCUGCGCCGGCGCCGUGCUGACCCUGUCUGGUAUGCUUAUCUAUCAGAACUCUGAGUUUAUCGUGAGCUUUCUGGACGCCCGCAGGGCCAAAGCUAAAGAGUCUGAACAUACGGGUUUUCACGCUGCGGGUGGAGAGGACUUGGAUAAAGGUUGUGCGUCUGACGCAGCAUAUCAUCAGCAGAGGACGGACAGGAAACCGGAAGAUAAGAUGGACUGAACUGAAAGGAUGAAGGGGAGAAUAAAAAGUUGAAGGUUAAAAUGAUAAAGUGUCUCGUCUUUAAGAGAAGCAGACAGGAGUGUGACCAUCAUCACUUGACUGAUGUUUUUUUAAUUUUACCUCCUUUUUUGUGCCAUUUUAUUUUCCUGUGGUCACACAGACGUGGAGUCUGCAGAGGGGAAAGGUUGCCUUUAAUUGUGGCGGUGACGGUUCAAUGUUCUCCUUCAUCUGUAAAUCCUUCUUACGACAUAGCCUAUAGCGGUAUAUGCAUGCAUGAGCACACUUAACUGUCUGGUACCUCAUGAGGUAUUCACACUGACACUCAUACUACUCCACUGUGAAAACGCUCUCACUGACAGAGGGCUCUAAUCACUGUUUGGGUGGCUGUUGUGAAUACUUUAGGCUGAAGGGAGCCUCAAAUCUGAACGCGCACACUUAGUAUUUUAGAAAUAUAUUCAUGGUACUGUUACCUGAUACUGACCUGGCCCCGUCAUGGUAAACAGACUGGGUUUUUGGCAGCUUAUUUUUGCUAGAUGAAGCGGGGAGCUUGUUGAAUAAAAGGACUGCUGAAGUUACAAUGACGGAUGAAGCCAACAUUUCUGUGCAAUGAGACGCCUCUUUCCUCUACUGAAGCACAUUUUUUAAUAAGAGGUCUGAGCUCUGUGUUUUGUCCUCCCUUAAGAACCUCAGUGUGGCUUCCCACUUAAGGGCCUAGAAUUUUUUUUUGUUCUCAUACAGCUUGAAAAGACGCUCUCUGUAGAAUUAGUCCAAUUAUUUCCAUCCUUCACAACGGUGCGCUCACUGCAGCGCUCCUUCAUAAUUAGGUUCACGAGUUCUCUAAGGAGGGACACUCAACUUUAGCCGUCUUUUCCCAGUGGAAGAGAGGAGGAAAAGAAAAUUGAGCUGCCUUUUAAGGUUGCUUCCUAAAUCCUAACCCUUGUCAAUUGUUACAUUUAAUUUCUCCUUUUUUGUGGGUAACAUUUGAAAAAGUUGUCUUUCUUGAGCAACUUAAUUCUGCUGGGCAGUGUUACAGUCUGUUCCCUCACAGUAUUUGGAAGCAUUUUGUUGACAUGAUUUUAUUUUUUUGAAGAAUAUAUUUUCCCCCCUCUUUGUAAUAUUUAUGUGGAAGAAGAUAUUUAUUUUUGAAUGGCCAUAGCAAUCACUGGCUUUGUAAUGCUGUAGAUUCUGGUCCUCAAGUGUCUUGCACAUGCACACUGGUUACAUAAACCGUUACUAGUUUGUCCUGUUUUCUUUCUUCAGAGAAAAGUCAGGUUUACUAAGCAGAAAAAAGCAUGCUGAUGCAACUGAAAGCAUUUUAAAUGAGCCUGGGUGUCUGUCACCAGCUGUGCACUCCCUCCUACAUGUAUAUGGUAAGCCAAAUGUUUACUUAUAAGCUUUGUUUUUUGUUUUGCUGUCAUGUGUUGUUCUGAUUAUGGCAGAGAUAAUGUCUCUCACGUCCAACAGCUAACAACAAAGCCAUAAAUAAAUCAAGGCACCUGCCACAUUAAAUACAACUUGCCAUAAAAAAAAGACUAUUUAAUGUAGCUCUGAUUUAGUAUUUCAGGGCUGAUCAUUUGAAAUUCCCAUAAUAUCAUUUUGCUUUUCACAAAUCAGGUUUCAGCCACAAUUAAUGCAAGACAGAUGAACCAUGUUCAUUUGGUUUAAUAUUUUAAAGAUAAUAAGUAGUGUUUCAGCUAACUUUAGUUCAAGGCCAUAGGAUCAUGUACAGCAGGUCAUGUCUCUGUUCUCACAUGUUUUAAUACCUCAGCUGUCAAACAGGACUUGGUAUGCCCUCAUGUUUAUAGAUGAUUUCCUUUAUGUCUUUCUAACAUCCACUUAACACUGCAGCAUGUGAAUGAUGGAUUUUAUUGUGUUCAGUUCUAGAAGAAUUAUCAGAACACACAUGUUGGACGUAUUCUAAAACGCACGCAGUUUUUAAAUAUCAGUACAAACUUGUAGACUUUGGCAGGCAAAGCAACUGUUGCACUGACGAGGCACGAAAAACUCCGCCCUCAAAGCGUAUGGUUCCUGUGUACAUACUGGUUUUGAUUGUUUGCAAAGCUAGUCGGGUGUAAAUAGUUAUUUUAUGAUAUUUAUGUCUUUUAUAGUCAAAUAUGGUUUAAACUGUGCUGGUUUAAGAAUGAAACGUUUGCCUCAUGCCUUAUUUGGACACACUGUAGACAGGAGUGGUUUGAUCCAUGAUCAUUUUGUCAAAUGUUUUUUGUUUGAUGCCAACAGUUAGCAGCCACAGGUGCUUCUGUUAGAGGGGGAAGAGAUGGGCGAUACAUACACAUGAUCUGAAACUGCUUGAAUAAAAAAAACAGACUGGUUAAAUAAACAAUAAGGAAAACAACAAA